GUCAUUUUGUUGCAUUUUUAUAUGGCCCCCCUAAUGGCACUUUUUCCCCCCUUCCUUUGAACAUUGCACAGUUAAAAAUAAAAGAAAACUACUUGAAUUUGUCAUGCAUUGUCCUAUUUUGAUAUAUUUUGAUGACAAGUACUUUUUCUUGGGUAUAUUAUUUUGGGUAAAAAUCACCUGGCGAUAGUGAUGCUGUUACCAAUUUAAGCGAUAGUGUUCUAGGGUUAAGUGCUUAAUCAUGUUGAUAAACAUGGAAGUAUUGGGGGGUGUUUGUUUACCUUUUAGUAAUCUGGCUAUAGAUGAUAGCUGUGAUUGGGAUAAACUGUACAUGUUUCCAUGGCAACAACACUAUUCAAUUAGAUUCAGAAAAUUGGACAAAUUGAAGAUAGUAGACUAUUUUACACUGAAAUGGGGUAAACUAAGCUAGCUUGAAACUCCUUAAAACUUAGCUCUUAAUUACACCUGCCAUGCCCCCAUUUACAAGAAACACUUUUUUUUUCCUUUUUAUUUUGCUUUAUUUUUCUUCAUGUCAUGUCAUAUCAAAAUUGUUUACUGGGAAGAGCUAUUGUAGCUAAUCCUUUAAUCAUUUUAUUAUGGGAUAAAAGGUAACAUACAUAAGAGCCUAAAAACUAGGCUAAUCUAUUAGCUCACUGUUAUAAGUAGCCUAAUUAUGGUCCUGCUUUGUUUUUGCCAGUGGUCAACAAUUCAUACAUUGCUUGUUGCUAUUCUGAAAUCAUUAAAGGUAAUUUGUGCUAGUUUCAUUAGCUUAUAGUAGAAAGGCAGCUGUUUAAAUAUCCUUUGUUGACGGUGUUUUGUGUUUGGCCAGGGAGCUGUCUCUCCCAGGAGCACGUCAAUGCAUUGUUUCCGAUGAUCCAAGAGAAAAAGUCCAUUGUUGUUGCGAAGUUUUUAAUCUGGGGAUUUAAAGCACAUCACAUGCUCGGAGAGGGCAGCGGGGCGCUCAACAACAACAGCAGGAGAAACUAGGCUCCUGUAAAAAAAAAAAAAAGAAAGAAACCCACUCUGGAGAGGAAACUAUUCAUCCCGAAAGGAGCGAGCAAACAUUAACUCCACCACGAAGUAAUGCUGCAGAGUAGGAUCACCGGAGAGGAGCUUUGAAAACUUCGACCAGGGAAACUUUCUUUUUGUCUCUGGACCCUUGGGAUAAACAUGACACUCAAGUACAGCCAGCGGUCUCUCAUAGUCCUGUCUUUACUGGGGAUUUUAUCAGCCAUCAUGUCCGUUUUAUCGGUCAUUUUAAUUUUCCAGCUUCAGUCUCAACAGAUCGCAAUAAGGGAGUCUCCCCCGUCCACCUCUGCGGCCAUACCUCCCACGGUCUGGGCAGUGCUGCUGCCCGUCUCCGCGGUGCUCUCUGCCCUGUCCCUCACACUGAAUUUAAGCUCUGUGGUGGUGUGUCUGCUCCACAGCUAUUUCUCCACAGAGGUCUGCAGGGGAGAGCACGACACUGAGAGGUACACAUAUUACUCUUAUUUAACAACUAUGAAUGUCCUGAAGGUCGUUUCACACACUUUGUACAACUUUCUCGCGCUGCGUUUGCUGUAAAUAAUUCGGAGCUAAGCUAGUUCCGGUCAGUAAGCUAUAAGGUCUUAAUUACACAGCACCUGCGAUGGAGGCUAUUGGGCCAAUAUCGAUCCAUCCAUUUUCAACCGCUUCUUCCCGUUUAUUUCGACUUUUUCAGCACGACUAUACAUGUUUAAACAAAAUAAAGCACCAAGUUUCCUAGGAUAUGAACCUAAGGGAUUAAUUCAUAAACUAUAAAUCCCCCUCUUUCUCAAUUUAAUUCACAAGGGAGCUUUGCUGACUCAACUCUACUUAGUCUGGCACACACAGCACUUAAGUAGCUCGUGUUCAUUAACACUGGCAAACAUUACACUUCAUAAUGAGGCUAACUAGAUUCACUGUUGCAUUAAAUUGUCUUGUUUUCAGUAGAAGUCACAGUUGCUAUGCUGUAAAGAAGUUAUGAAGCCUAGCUGUACUUUAUAAAGAUGUCAAAAUGCAAUGAAUGGCCAACAAAAUACACAUUGUAAUACAAUUCAACCUCUAUAUGUGAGCCUUUUAUUUAGACAUGCUAAACCUGAGCUUUCAGCCCUAGUCAGAGCAAAACUAUACAAAGCACUAUCUUACCCAGGACUUCAUCAUUACCUCAAUUAAACAUAACAUUAUUAUUUUGAUUGGUUGUUAUGAUAAAAUAGUACGUCACUGCAUUUUAUCCUGCAUGGGUUUCUGUUUUUGAGUUCAUGUACUGGAGAAAACAAAAAUUAUUUCAUUUUUUCUGUGCCCACACAAUCUUCGGUUAUCCUCGGUUGGCCGCAGCAGAUACUGGUAGCCCAUCUGAAGUUUCAUCAAAAGAAAAAUGCAGUUUCAGAAGCCUAAAGAGGCCGUCCUCAUGUGUCAUCAGAGUGCAGAGGCCCGUACUGCAGUGUUUUUGCUCGACCCCCACCUUUCAACCCCUAUGAAUCCCAUCUAAACAAUGGCCUUCCUCUUAUUAUGCACCCAGCACACGGCCUGUAGCUGGCCCGUUCCCACGUCGCUUUACAAAUUCAACAACAUUCCUCAGGACCUCCCUCCUGACAGAGGGGACAUUCCAAGAAAUGUGAAUAAUAAUGAGCUUUACAAAGUUUUUAAACAUUUUGACUAACCUUAAUAACUAAUAAUCAAAAUGCUUGACUUCUGAUGGACAAAAAAGGGACUAAAGAAAUGUUAAGUAAAAAAGCUGUCAUGAACUCACACAAAAGAAACUACCUGGUUCAGAAAUGAUGCUUUAAAUCAUCUCCAGUUACCAUACAGGAAAAAAACAAAGUAGUUAGUUUAACUGCAGACAUGCUUCCACUUUGACAUAUGACAUUUGUUUCCACAGAGCAGACUGGUUCCUUUUGGACAGCAGGUCUAUACGACAUGUGGCUAUAGGACUCUUCUGCCUUGGGGUUUCAGUCUAUUUGGCAGGUAAGAACAAAUAACUGAAAAAAAAAGUUAUUUGAGAUGAUAAGAUAUUGAAUCUCCUACUUAGGAACUUCUCGUUCGGUCAGGCUGAUACAUAAACCUCAUCCUAAAAUGCAGAUAAGAACUGGACACCUCUUUUUUUGGCGAAAAAAGUUGUUUUCAAUGAAUACACAUUAGCUCUGACUGUGAAGUACUUUUUGGGCAUUAGUUUUUAACAACAGUAUCAACAGAAACCUGACAACUUUUGUCCAUGCAUUGGCAAAAAUGUGGAUUUCCAGCAGCAGCAGACUAAAACAGCUCAACUGCUUACUCCCUGUUCUGUCCAGCGAGAACAAUGCAUUCUUUGAGUAGCGUCCAUGACUUGAGUGUUUUUAAAUGCCGGCCCUGGCAGUGCUCUGGUGCUCUGUUCCACUGAGCGGCUUGCACUGGUGGGGGUCACUGGAGGCAGCCACUCCAUUGUAAUGAGGAGGUGUUGCCCUUAAGACCCCUCUUCAGCCUCUAUCAAGAGGUAGCAGAGUAAGGGACCAUGGAAGCAACACCAGCAACUCAGGAAGAUCCAUCACAUCCCGGAGCUGUGCUUUUCACCUCCUUCCUUCAUCGGGCCAGGGUCCAUAGUCCUUUUUCUGGAAGUUAAGAUACAUUAAAAUCAUAUAAAUCUCAAAGAGGUGAAACUUUUUCAUCAAGAUUCUGGUGCUUUACCGCUCAAAAAUCACAGGAACAAAGUAAAUUCAACAAAGAAACAACUCAUCCCAGAACAGAAGGCUUCAUGUAACAUUGUGAAGGACUCAGGCACUGAAAUAAUGUGGCUCAUUGAGAAAAUGUUACUGAAACAUUCACAUUUUAUUCCCCCUGUCCUUUUUUCUCUUCCUUCACAGCUAUGUCCAUCUUUAUGCUCCUGAUAUUUGAGCAGGAGACUGGCAUCGCGAGUGCUUGCAUACUCUCCUCUGGGAUUUUAAUCCUCCUGUUUGUCGUGACCCACUCUCUGGUCAAAGCUACUUGUGGUGCCAAGCAGUAUAAGACGGACCGUAUCGACACUCUUUACGAGAAUGAUCAUGGGAGUAGCAACAAACCUCUCCCCCGACCCUGUGAGCUUAAAAUUGGCGUGGACAAACCGCGGAUACACCGGCAUGAGUCUCACAUCCAACAUCCAAUGUCCUACCCUCAGUACAGUAACCCGAGACAGCGAGAAAAACACCAGCAACCACAGUACUCGCCAGAUAGAGGAUCCCAGGGCCACACUAGUGAUAAAGAUGGAUACAGCAGUGGUGGCAGUGGUCCCAGAAUGCACAGGACCCUGUCUACGGAAUCUGGUAUACUGCAGUCUCAGGCUAAACCCUGGAAUGGGGUCAACAGUGAGAUGAGGAGUGUUCUCGCUCGCAAGACUGGGAUUACAGCAAAAGACUCAACCCUUGUGUGAUAGAGAGGGAGCUGAAUGUGUGGAUAAAGACACUGAAAAGAAGACCGCUAACAGAGACGUCAUCUUACACAGAUAUAGAACUGUCAAUUUUUACCCCUUGACCCUAAGCUUUUCACCUUGACUGAUUCCUGACAACAUGGACUGAAAAACACACCCGAGUCUCUCAGUUGAUCUACUUCUGAAAGUGUAAAAGAUUCUUGAUUUGAACAUACUGAGCACAACUUUUAUAGUUUGUAGUAUUUUCUAUGAAUGAACAUGAUUUAAAUGCCGUUGUAAAGACCGAUUUUGACAGAGUAUCAAUCCUAUAAAUUUGAAGCUUUCAUUAUAAUAAUGUAAAUACUUUAUUCCGCUGUACAUGUUAGCUUUUUGCCAAAUAUUUGUGCAUUAUUUGCCGAUUUGUUUUUUGAUGUUUGUGUGUUUCAUAUCAACUUGAAUAAAAUUUUAGAAAAUUUAACUUAGAUUCAAAGUAGGAUGCCUUUAUGUCAUCUGAAUAAAAACAAAAUCCUACUCGUGAAAAAAACAAAAA